CAGAGGAGUGGAGAUGCAUAGAGUGUACGUGCGUGAAGGUGCCGAACUGCCUCUGCUUGUUCGUCCCGAUUCAGAAUAAGAAGAAGAAUGUCUUGUUCAGCAGCAGCAGAAUGUUGUUGCUCUGAGCCCAAUGGCAAUAAAAGUAAUAACGGAAGAGUGACGUGGGAAGGAUGCAGCGUCUUGCUUGACAUCAACGACGGUGACCGUCUCGUCUUCGCUCGCCUCUCCCCCGCUGCGAAAUUGAAGAUUGGGAAUAAGAACUGCUCUCUCCAACCGUUAAUCGGCACUCCCUUCGGUUCUCUCUUUCAGCUCGAUGGCACUUCCCUCUCUCCUUUUAUACCUUCCCCUCAAGCUGAUGCUACUAACAAUGAGGAAAUAAAAGAUGAUGGUCAACCGAAUGUUGAAUCCAGGGAUAAUCGCGAAUUGGUUGACAAUAACACUGCACAAACCCUCACUGGUGAAGAUAUUGAAGCCAUGCGAAGGCAGGGUGCAGGAGGUAAUGAGAUUAUUGAAGCUCUCAUUGCCAAUAGUGCAACAUAUGAGAAGAAAACGGCAUUUUCACAGGAGAAAUAUAGACGCAAGAAGCAGAAGAAAUAUGCGCCAAAAGUACUUAUGAGGCGUCCUGUCGCUAGAAGUAUAUGCGAGGCCUAUUUUAAGAAGUAUCCAUCAAAAAUUGGAUUCUUGCGGGUGGAUACAUUAUCUCUCCUACUUUCCAUGGCGAAUGUUUCUGCAAAUUCUGACAUUCUUGUAGUUGAUAUGAUCAGUGGCCUUCUUACUGGUGCUGUGGCAGAACGUUUAGGAGGUACCGGUUUUGUAUGCAACUCAUAUCUUGGGCAAUCACCUUAUUCCAUGGAUAUUGUUAGGAUAUUUAACUUCAGUGAUGAAAUUUGCAAGAGAGUCGUGCGUUGUCCCAUUUCGGACCUGCUAUCGUCAAAAGAGUCACCUGAGCAAAUUCUUCAAGUUGCUGAUGUGAAUGAUGUCUGCAAUGUUGAAACCCAGUCAAAUGAUCUGAUGGGUUCGACAGCCAACACAGAUGAAAUCAGCCAUUCAUCAGGAAAUGAAAUUUCUGAUCUUGGUGCUGAGAAUGAGAACAUUCCUGUUAUAAGAGCUUGCAAAGUUACAAAAGCCGGAGAAAAAGCACCACAAGAAACCAUUGAUUCAUGGAAGGAAAAUGGGUUUUCAAGCCUACUUAUUGCUGCUCCAGAGAUGGAUAUUUGGCCACUGGUUCGAGAUGUCUUGCCCCUUUUAUCGAAUUCUGCUCCAUUUGCUAUUUAUCACCAAUAUCUUCAGCCUCUCGCAACUUGCAUGCACAAUCUACAGCUUGCAAAAAUGGCCAUUGGGUUACAGUUAUCAGAGCCUUGGUUACGUGAAUACCAGGUUCUUCCAUCGAGAACUCAUCCAUCAAUGCAAAUGAGUGCAUUUGGUGGCUACAUUCUCACAGGGACUAGGAUUUGCAGCAGUAGCAACUAAUUCUAUCUCCUCACAUGUUUACUAGCUUCUAACUGGUGCAUGAUUUUUUUUUUUUUUUGCAUUACUUUAUUUUUAUUGAGAACUGUAAUAUGAUAUAUGUACUUAAUGGUUUUGUAUUUUAUACUUGUUAUUUUUCAUAUAAAAUUUUCAAUAAUAGUCAAUUUGAAAUUA